AGAGCGGGCCACUGGCAGCGCAGAGGGGCCAGAGCGCUUGGGAAGCCACAGCGGAUAGAUAGGGGUCCGGGGCGGGGCGGCCCAGGGGCGCCCUGGCCGCGGAGCUGAGCUGAGCCGGGCCGGCAGAGCGACCUGGUACGGGACGAGAGCUAGAGGAAGGAGGAAGCCAAGAAAGAGAGCGCAGGCAAGACCGGGGGCGGGAGCUAGAGCGGCGCCCAGAGAAGUUUGCCCCGCGCCCGCGGCGGCUCCCCGGGGCCAUGGGGGCUGGAGCCCGCGGCGGCGGCGGCGACAGAGGAAGCGGCAGUGGCGGAGGAGGCGGCGGCGUUGGCGGCGGCGGCGGCUGCUGCUGCGGAGGCGGCUGGACGCGCUCGGGCUCUUGCUCCCUCGGCCGCGGCCGCGACUCUGCAUUGGCUGAGCUGGCUGCGCCCUGCGCGCACGGAGCCCCCCGGAGCGGCGCCGGGGCCACAGCGGAAAGUUAACUAGCCCGGCGCGUCGGGCCCCGUGCGGGACGCUCUCGGCCAUGGGCGAGCACCCCAGCCCGGCCCCCGCGGUGGCCGCCUGUGCCGAGGCGGAGCGCAUAGAGGAGCUCGAGCCCGAACCCGAGCCCGAACCCGAGGAGCCUCUGCCCAUGGCCCCCGAGGACCACUGGAAAGUCCUGUUUGAUCAGUUUGACCCUGGGAACACCGGCUACAUCAGCACAGGCAAGUUCCGGAGCCUCUUAGAAAGCCACGGGUCCGAGCUGGACCCACAUAAGAGAGAGGUGCUCCUGGCCCUUGCCGACAGCAAUUCGGAUGGACACAUCUGCUACCAGGAUUUCGUCAACCUGGUGAGCAAGCCAGCCCAGAUGAGCAACAAGCGGUCCAACAGCUUUCGACAGGCCAUCCUACAAGGUAACCGGCGCCUGUGCAGCAAGGCAUUACUAGAGGAGAAAGGACUGAGUCUCUCCCAGCGGCUGAUCCGCCAUGUUGCCUAUGAAACCCUACCGCGUGAAAUUGAUCGCAAGUGGUACUAUGACAGCUACACCUGCUGCCCCCCACCCUGGUUCAUGAUCGCCAUCACUCUUCUGGAGAUUGCCUUUUUUCUCUACAACGGGGUGGCCUUGGAUCAGUUUGUGUUGCAGGUCACUCACCCCCUCUACCUGAAGAACGCUUUAGUUUACCACCCCCAGCUCCGAGCCCAAGCCUGGCGCUACCUGACUUACAUCUUCAUGCAUGCAGGGAUAGAACACCUUGGGCUCAAUGUGGUCUUGCAGCUCUUGGUGGGUGUCCCGUUGGAGAUGGUGCACGGAGCUGCCCGUAUUGGGUUUGUCUAUGUGGCCGGUGUUGUGGCAGGUUCUUUGGCUGUGUCUGUGGCUGACAUGACUGCGCCAGUCGUCGGCUCCUCUGGAGGGGUCUACGCACUCGUCUCUGCCCAUCUGGCCAACAUUGUGAUGAACUGGUCAGGAAUGGAGUGUCAGUUCAAGCUGCUGAGAAUGGCCGUGGCCUUGAUCUGUAUGAGCAUGGAGUUUGGCAGGGCUGUCUGGCUGCGCUUCCACCCAUCGGCAUACCCCCCAUGCCCACACCCUAGCUUUGUGGCCCACCUGGGAGGUGUGGCAGUGGGCAUCACCUUGGGUGUGGUGGUCCUAAGGAACUAUGAGCAGAGGCUCCAGGACCAAUCCCUGUGGUGGAUCUUCGUGGCCAUGUAUGCCGUCUUUGUGUUGUUUGCAGUCUUCUGGAACGUCUUUGCCUACAGCUUGUUGGAACUUCGGCUGCCCCCACCUCCUUGAAGAAGUCCCUCAGAUGGAGACAAAGAUGGAGAUCAGACUCUUUGGAAUUUUUAUUUUCAUUCAUUUUUCAUUGCCAGCUUGGAUUUAGAGGGAAAGAGAAAGGAGAUGCUUGGUGGCUCUAUUUUUAUAUGUGGAACUGGCUGGGCUAUGGAGGAGCAUGUUGGCCGAAGACAGACUUUGAAAGACCAUUAUAAAGAUGAAGAAGGCAAUGUUAGUUCUUUCCAGAGCAUCCCAGGGUUGGGGAGGGGGGGAGGGUCCUGGUUGCUACUGGUUGGCUUGGGCUUGUUUCAGGUUAAUUCAAAUUAACCUUCUGCCCCUUCCCUAGCCUCAAAUUGAGUGGUGGCCUUCUCUUCACCAAAGUGUGCUCCUAAGAGUUGAGCAAAGACCUAGUUCUUGAAAUGAUACAGAUGGCUCAGGACCUACUACUGUUAAAGCCCAGAGAGGACAGUGGGAGGACACUUCCUCUCUAAAGCAGCUGGAACAGAAUUGAACAGCCAGUGGGGAAGGGCUUCCAGCCUUCCUGUGUAAAUAGAAUAUAGGACUUGCAGUCAGGAAGACCUGGAUUCUAAUCCUGCCAUGCAUACAUAUACUAUGUGAUCCUGAGCAAGUCACUUGCUCUCCUUGGGCCCCAGUUUUCUUUCCUGUUAAAUGAGGAGGCUGGGCCACAAGAUCCCUUCUAGUGCUAAUUCUAUGCUCUGUAAACCUGUGGGUAUAAAUGACAAAGAUGAGAUUCUCCAAUCAAGGUGGGAGAGGGAUGCCCCUAUAUUGGGGUGAGGGGUUCCUCAAAUGUCUCAUUUCAGGAGAAGGGGAUGGAGACCAGUACCUCUCAACCUAGCCCUCUUUCUACUCCCUGAUUGCCCCAUUGCUAGGGAGCCUGUUCCUAUUUGGAGAGAGACCCAGACUAGGAAAUAAAUGCAGGGUACCCUGGAUGUUGCUUGGUACCAACCCUCCUCACACAUAAUCUCCUACUCCCACCCCCUCCCUGGUCAUAUCACUCUCAGUCCCAUGGUUUUACUGCUUGGUUUCCCUCUAUUUAACAUGUUGCCCUGAUGUCCUGGCUCCCUUCUUCCCUCAACCUUGUUCCUGGAGUUUUCUUCUUACUCUACCCACCUCCACGACCACCAUUCACCCCCACCCCCAGCUCCAUCCAUGAACACAAGAAUUUGUGUGAGAUGUUGCCUGUUGGGAGCAAAGGGUAGGUGAUGACUCUUGGGCUCAUCCUCUUACUAGAAGUUUCAGUGUCCCUGUAAGGACCUUCCCACUGCAUUCAUCCCCUUCCCUCCAGUGAUCCUACCAGAUGAGUGAGCAGGAACAAAAACAAUGAUGCCACAGCCUUCACCAGGAGUCCCUUGAGCUAUGGAAAGAAGGAAGGGGAAGAAGGAGACCCAAGAUGAAGAGCAUCCAGAAUGGCGAAGAGCCUCGAAUCUCUGCCAUUUGAGAAUCGAUUGGAGGAAGUGGGGAUUGUUAGCCUGGAGAGGGUAAAACAUGAGAGGGACAUCACAGCUCCCCCCAAGUAUUUGAAGGCUGUCACCUAGAAGAGGUCUCAUGCAUUCUACCUGACUCCUGAAGGCAGAGCUAGGAGCUGUGAGGGAAGGUACAAAAGCAGAAAAUUUAGGAUUGAGGCCAGGAAAAACUUCCUAACCAUUAGAAUUGUCCAAAAGUGGAACAGCUGCCUUGGAGGUGAUGAGUUCCUGCUAAGUAUUUAUAGUGGGUAUUCCUUUUCAGAUUCAGGUCUCCUUGAGGUCCCUUCCAAUUCUGAAAUGUCAGAGUUUCCUAUGAAUAGGAGAAUGGGGGAAGAGAGCAGUUUCCCUUACACUUGCCUUUAAGAGAAUCCAGAUUUCGAGGUUCCACUUUUUCAUGAUCUCUGGAGGUGUACUAAUUCAACAACAAAGAAGAGUUGUAGCGUGGGUGCCUUUGGGUGGGAACUCUGCCAGGGAAUGGAGGACUAGAAAAAAAAGAAAGAAAGAAAGAAAAAAGGAGGCUUUGGGGUCCAUUUUGGUGAAAUCCACAUCACCACAGAGAUGAGACAUUCAGCAGAGCCUCUCCGAGAAGUCCCCAUUUUGACAGAUUAUGGAUGGUCUCUGCUGGAAAAUCUCAUCUCCAUGGCGAUGUAGGUCAACAAGGCAAAGCCUUCUUCCUGUAUCCCAUCAUGCCAUGGAACUGCCCCUAGGAAACACAAGCUCUGUCCUUCCAAACCAGGAGGGCUUCAAGAAUGGGUCCAGGUAUUUUGGAGAGAGGCUUGUUUUCAGGUGGGCCACAGCAUCUUCUCACAGGCACAGGGGUGGGAUCCUUGAAGUGUUCAGUAAUCUUAGGAAACAAAGACUCCUAUAGAGGAAGAGUUGGGAGAUAAGAGAUUGCAGCAGGAGGGGUACUUGUUAGCUGGAAAGGAGUUCUGGAUAUCUCUUGAAUACCACAGUGAGCCAUAUUAGCAUCUCCUAGUAGAAUCAUCUGGUAUUUGACCUAGAAGGAGAUUAUUUAAUCCAACCCAGUCACAUGACAGAGGAGGAAACCAAGACCCAGAGAGGAAAGAGAAUCAAUCUCCAUCUACCUGGGCAGAGGUAAGCCUUAAAUCAGAGGCAUAGACAUUUUGUACCGUUUCAUUUCAACUCUUCUUGAAAACUCCCAACCAUUUUCUGGAGUUGGCCUGAUGGUUUGUGAAUAGCCCAGCCCUGAGGGGACAACCCCAUUUGCUUUUUCAGGGUGGCACUCAACUGAGUCUAGGGAGAAGCUUUUGAUUAGUCAUGCGCCCAAAAGAAUCCUUGGAGGCUGACAGAGUAUCAGUUACCCUUCUAUGGCAACUGGAGCUGAGCUCCCUAGAAAGGCAGCUAGGUUUAUCCCCAUGACAGUGGGUUUAAGGUGGACAUCCAGGAACUCAAACCAAUUGUUGCUACCACUUUCCCCUGGAGGAAAAAAAAUCUGUAAUCUAUACCACUAGAACAGGAGGGAAAUUCCCAGUUGCUUCCUGGAGGUGUUCCCAUCCCCUUCCCAGAUAGCUUCUGCCCAGGACCAAAGUGGAGUAGUUCUCCAUCAGCCUUUCCACUCUUGAGGCCCAACAACCAGAGCAACUAUAAUCAUCUCAAAAAUCCACACCAAAGGACCUCUGGGCUGUGCCAAGGAACCAGCCAAGUACUACCAGCUUGCCUUUUUGCAGCAAACAGACUGGACUUCCAGAUCUUUUGUCUGGGCUGACUAACCUUAGCUGGGUGUAUGAACACACAACCCUACCUCAUUCCCCAGGGGUACUUUGUCUUUGCCCUACCUGAUAGGAACUAGGGUUAAAGUCAUGGGGAAGGAGAGUUGGGAAGGGUAGCUCAGUGGCAGCCAUGGUUAUUGCAAAGGAGUAUGAUUGGAGAAGAAAAGAGGGGCUCCUGAGAUCUCAUUACUGUUCUGUGUCUCUCCUGGGUUCCAUCCUCCCCUCCACCUGGGGGCUAGGCUUUCUGAAGUAGAGGGCAGGAGCAGACAGAGCCACCAGUUGGACCCCGUAAGAUUCUUCUCUGCAUCAGGAGAUUCUCCUGGCUACUAGUCAGUCACCAUCUUGCAAGACCCCAACCCUGGCACUUUGGGUGGGAGGGCAGAAAUCUGCCUGCAUGACCCCCUUCCUGAAGAGUUGUGUCAGCUAUAAAUGGUGAAGGGGUGCUCAGAAGCCCUUUGAGGCCAGUCCACAUUGCACCAAACUAGUCUUGGGAUCAUUCUAGAAAAGGAGACAGGGACUGGAGAGUGGAACACACACACAUAUACACCUACAUAUUUGUUAGCCUCUGCUUUCCCAGAAAUGAGGAAAUGUUGACCACACUUGUUACCUUCCUCAGAGGUUCCAUCCUGACCUUUCUGGUGUCCAUGAUUGAUUGCUCUUUGCCCUCUGGAGAUAGUCGCAGGUAUCUUCAUGUGGCAUUGAUUCCCUCAGUCCUACCAAGUUGCUGUGAUGCUGAACUAACCCUGCAAGUUGUCCAUGCCCUUUGAUCCUGAGCAGAAGCCAAAUUGUCCAUCCUGCCUUCUCAGAUCUCCACUGAGCACGGCGAACUCAAUGAACUGGGCAGGCUUGAAAAUGCCUUCGAGGAGGAAAGAGUAGGUGGUUGUAUCCUGCCUUUAAAGGGUCCCAAGGUCACCAGAGCACCAGCCAUUCUCAUCUCAGGGUCAGUUACCCACAGGAAGAGGGGACUGCCAAGAACUUACAGCACUCUCCAAUUCCCACCUUUCUCCUCAUGUUACCAAGGUACCCCCAAAAGCCACUCCUCAACCCCCCCUUAGAGUAAGCAGUCAAUGACACGCAUUUUUAUUUUUCCCCCUCUUCCUUCCUUUCCCAGUGUAGUCUGAUGUUGAAACCAAGGGCUUGGGAUAGAGAAAUACAGAAACUGGCUUAAAUCUUCAAUGUAGACUGGAAGAAGACAAGCGUUGGUGGUUCAAGGCUCUUGUCUAAUUUGUAUGGGCUUUGUAAUGUGUAUAGAUUCGCCAAAGGAUGGCGAAUCCAAAAAUGGAAGUGACAUUCCCCUGUUAAACAGAAUAAUUACAGUACUCAGAAGAGGGGGAGAAGACCCUCCAGAGAAGAAAUGUGUUUUAGAUGAUGCCACUAAUGAUUUGGGAUUUUAAUUGGGGAAAGUUCCUUAAUGAGGCUCUUCUACAAUGGCAGCAAGGUCUGGUCAACCAACCAUCAGUUGAGAGCACUCCCUUCUGCUGAUGAAGACCUGCAGCUGGCUUUCCAUAAGAAUUGUUAACGCCUAGAAACAAAUGGAAGUCAUCACUCACCAAACCCAAUAGUUUCCUCUCAGCUCCCAAUUUAGUUGGCGAAUAAUGUUGAUUCCUGGGGCCUAUGGAUUUCUUCUAUUUUGGCUAUCAUCAGUGCUGCUUCCCAUGGUAACUAGAGCAUCGAUACUUUUCUGCCUUAAAUAAAAGUGCCAGUGGAUGAUCCCUUCUCCUCCAAGGGCUAGAGAAAGUUGAUCGUUGAGAAGUAGCCUGAGCUGCAAUGUUUGUUUCUAAAUAUUUUUGUAUUGUGUACAUUCUGUAUAUUUUUGUUGUAACAAACAUUAUUUGAGCACAGAAUCCAUUAAAGAUUCUUUUGGGUAAAGCCGUUAGUUAUGGACCAGAACCAAGCUUUUCCUUCAGUCUGCAGGAAAUCAAAAGCAUUGUAGGUUUGUGACUUAUAAAUGACCAUUGACUGGAAGGAACCACAGGUGCUGAAUUCUGGUCCUUGGAGCCAUCCUUUUCUGGUGGCAAGAGAAUCCACCCCCAUCCCCAUCAAUAAAAAACCACUUGGACUUCUCCUAGAUCAAAGGUUCUUAACCUUUUUUUUUUUUUGGUGGGUCAUGGAUUCCUCUGGCAGAGAGGUGAAACCUAUGGACUUAUUAUUCUGAAAAGAAUGUUUUUAAAUGCAUAAAAUAAAACAGAAUUACAAAAGAA